GGAAACCUUCGCUACGACAUCGGGUUCUUGAGAUACGAGGUGUCGGCCGCCUAUGAGUUGCCGCCACUAGUGAUCGGCUGUUUCGUAGCGGCCGGCGCUGUGCUAAUGUUGUUGAGUCUGAUCGUAUUGGCCAUCUUCAAGCACAAGAGCACACAAGCGGAACGGGAGUACAAACGGAUCCAAUUACAGAUGGAUACUCUCGAGAACAGUGUCCGAUCGGAGUGUAAACAGGCUUUCGCUGAAUUGCAAACGGAUAUGACUGACUUAAACAACGACUUGCAGACCACUGGCAUACCUACCCUCGACCACAGAGCCUACAUUAUCAAAGUCUUCUUUCCGGGAUUACCAGAUAAUGGGAGUCCUAUUUCGCUGGACUAUAAACUCUCCAACGGUCAUCCAUACAAUAGCGAGGAAUCGAUGGCACACUUCGAGCAACUCAUAUACAACCGCUCCUUCCUGUUAGUGUUCAUCGAAACACUUGAAUACCAGAAAUCAUUUACAAUUCGUGAUAAAGUUAAUGUGGCGUCACUUUUGAUGAUUAUUUUGAUGGAGAAAAUGGAUUACGCCUUCGAUAUACUUCGAGAGCUAUUAAUAAAACUGAUUCAAAAGUACGUGGCCUCAAAGCACCCGCAACUGCUGUUACGGCGCACCGAAUCGGUGGUGGAGAAGCUGUUGACAAACUGG